AAUAAACGUAUUGUCCGUCUAACAUAGCUUGACCUGAAUUGUGUCAUUUGCAUAAGCCGAAUUCCAACAAAUUUUUCAUGAAUUUUUCCAAAUUUUUUUGGUUCUCAAAAUUUUUUAGAAAGUAAAAAUUAUUGGCUAUGUAUUUUUUGCAUGUUUAUUUAUGGCUGAUUGGCUGAAAAAAGUUUAUUGAAAAAAAAUCAAGAUAAGAGCAAAUCAAUUUGGGAAACCCUUAUGUUAUUCCUUUUUGGCUUCCAUGAAAUGCGACUGACACAAUUCAGCUCAACAACAAAUGCAACAAAAACAACAUUCUUAUCAACUCAAAAUUUGAGUAAAAAAUGAGAAAAAAUUAAUUUUGAUUUUUGAAACUUCGUGUGUAUGAUUUAGUUUAUAAUCCUUGGCAAAUCUUCUGUUUCUCUCGCAGCUUUCAGCUAGUUAUUCAGUUUGAACUACAUCGAAACGAAGUCUAAGAGAUCAUGUCGGCGAGUAUUCAGUGUAACCCUUCAGCUAUCACAUCUGUCGAGGGUUGCUGGUGCAGUACGGUCCAGGUUGAUGAGCUAAAGCAUACUUGGAAAGUAGAUAAUUUCAGUAUUUACGAAGAGUACAACGACUUCAUCGAAUCUACCGCAUUUUCAGUUCGCACAGACGAUGAAUGUCAGUGGCAUUUGCAACUUCGACCUAACGGAGACUGUAUAGAAUUAUAUUUAUUUCUAAACGAAAACAGCAAAUGCAAAAGAGUAUUCGCGAAAUUCAGCAUCAACAUUCUAAAUAACGCGCAGCAUGUAAUUUAUAGUACGGAUUUUCUGUAUUACGAGUUCAUGAAUAAUAAAAACUGGAACGGUAUUUUCGAGAAAUACGAAGGAUUCUACGGAUUGAUACCAAACGAUUCGUUAACCAUUUCAUUGCAGUUGAUGUAUUUUAAAAUUGACGAAGGAAGUAUAGCUGAAAUUUUUCGCGGGUGUAAUACAGCUCAUCUUCAAAAUUAUUCUGAAAAUUUUGUAUCUAUGCUAGAGAAUCGUAAGUUUUCAGACUUCACGCUUUCAGUACGAGGGAAGGAUUAUCCAGUACAUAAAGUUAUUUUAGCUGCGAGAAGUAAUUAUUUCGCUAAAAUGUUCGAAAGCGGUAUGAAAGAAAAUGAAGUAAAUCGUGUAGAAAUCACUGACGUAAAAGAAGACGUUAUGAAUGAAAUCUUGAAAUUUAUUUACGCUGGUAAAUGUGCGAACGUAGAUAAAUUAGCGGACGAUUUAUUAGCAGCUGCCAAUAAGUAUGAUAUUGAUCAGCUAAAGAAAAUUUGCUUAAAAACGAUUUCCAAGUCUAUAUCAGUAGAUAAUGCGCCGAAUUUAUUGGUGUUGGCGGAUCUGUAUCAUGAGAAUGAAUUAAAAUCAAAGGUGAUUGAUUUUAUGCUAACUAGAUCAAUCGAAGUAAAAAAUUCGAGGGCUUGGAAUAACAUUAUGCCGAUGUAUCCUAAACUAUUGAACGAAGUGUGUAGUGCAGCUUUUUUACGUCUAUCCGAUGCUUCCGGCUCUGGCUCCAAGUGAUCAUGUUAGUUUCUGUUUCUACAUUUUUGUAAUUUGAAAGCUAGAUCAGUUUUUUUUCUUGCAAAUGACUGAUUAAUGUGACUGAUUAUUUUAUAUUUAUCCUAAUUAGGUAUUAUAGUUUUUUUAUAAUGUGAAUAUGACUGAUUAUUUUAUACCUUUUUAUCCUAAUUAUUAGGUAGUUUUUAAAAUAUUUUUUAAAGCUUUUUCAGUUUUCAUCUUAUAUUUUUGUUAAUCUAAGAAUUUUAAAAAUGUUUACAAAAACCUCAUUUACUGAAUUAUGAUGUACCAGUAUGAAUAUUAUACAUACCUUACUCAAUGCUGUGCUGUAAUUUCCUUUUUGAAUUUUUAGAUACCUACUUAGCUUUAAUUUUUUAAGAGGGCUUUCAUCCUUCUUCUAAGUGUCCGGUUUUUAUAUAUUUUAUCACUUCUAUACUUCAUUUUUAUUCGUAGUGUAUGCCUUUUUGUGUAGGACUAAUCGUAUAUUCGAAUAAUAAUAAACACAUCGAGAAAUAAA